ACGGUUGUGUCCUUCCUGCAGCCCGUGGCGGAGCCCAUCCCCAUCUGCAGCUUCUGUCUGGGGACCAAGGAGCAGAACCGCGACAAGAAGCCGGAGGAGCUCAUCUCCUGCGCCGACUGCGGCAACAGCGGCCACCCGUCCUGCCUCAAGUUUUCCCCAGAGCUCACGGCACGAGUCAAAGCUUUGUGGUGGCAGUGCAUCGAAUGCAAGACCUGCAGCAGCUGUCAGGAUCAGGGGAAGAAUGCGGAUAACAUGUUGUUCUGUGAUUCUUGUGACCGGGGCUUCCACAUGGAGUGCUGCGAUCCGCCUCUCACACGGAUGCCCAAAGGCAUGUGGAUUUGUCAAAUCUGCCAACCCAGGAAUAAGGGAAAGACGCUUCUGCAUGAAAAGGCGGCGCAGAUCAAACGGCGAUACAACGCGCCGCUGGGGCGGCCCAAGAACAGACCAGGGCGACCCUUCAAGAAGCUGGGAGGCCGAGGUCGGAGGAAGCGCUCCACCUCGGCCAACUCUUCCUCCAGCUCCUCUUGCGAAGGUUAUCCCGGCGACGACCGGCUACUUUUUUCGAUGCGCGGGGACGACGAGCAGUCCAACAGCAGCCUGCACUUCAACAGCAAGACCAAGGGCCUCAUCGACGCCCUCACCAAGUUCUUCACGCCAUCGCCGGCGGGCCGCAAGGCGCGGCAGGAGGUGGUGGACUACUCGCAGCAGUGCCGAAUUCGGAAGAAGGCGGGGCGGAAAGGAGAAGGAGAUGACGGGGGUGACAAUCAGGACGGCAGCGACUGGCGGGAGGACGAAGACAAACUGCCCGGACACGAGAACCUGACAGAAAAAGACAUUGAACUGUUCAAACAUAUUCAGGAGCUGGCGCUUCAGAAAGUCGGCGUGACUGGUCCACCAGACCCACAGAUGCGCUGUCCGUCAGUCAUUGAAUUUGGCAAGUUUGAAAUCCAGACCUGGUACUCGUCUCCGUACCCGCAGGAGUACAGCAGGCUCCCCAAGCUGUACCUGUGUGAGUUCUGCCUGCGCUACAUGAAGAGCCGCAGCAUCCUCUACCAGCACAUGAAGAAGUGCAGCUGGUUCCAUCCUCCGGCCAACGAGAUCUACAGGAAGGACGAGGUUUCUGUUUUUGAGGUUGAUGGAAACGUGAGCACAAUCUACUGUCAAAACCUGUGUCUGCUGGCCAAGCUGUUCCUGGACCACAAGACCCUUUACUACGACGUGGAGCCCUUCCUUUUCUACGUCCUCACACAGAACGACAACAAAGGUUGCCAUCUAGUCGGCUACUUCUCCAAGGAGAAGCACUGUCAACAGAAAUACAACGUAUCAUGCAUCAUGAUUCUUCCACAAUACCAGCGCAAGGGCUAUGGACGCUUUCUCAUCGACUUUAGCUACCUGCUGUCAAAACGGGAAGGGCAACCCGGCUCCCCGGAAAAGCCUCUGUCGGACCUGGGCCGGCUGUCCUACAUGGCGUACUGGCGCAGCGUGGUGCUGGAGUGUCUCCACGAGGUCCGUGACCGGCAGCUCACCAUACGGCAGCUCAGCAAGAAGACGGGCAUUUGCCCGCAGGACAUCACCACCACCCUGCACAGCCUCAACAUGCUGGAGCAGCGAGGAGACAGGCUUGUGUUGGUGCGAAGGGAAAAGGUGGUGACCAACCACAUGGCUCGCCUCAAGGCUCGGCCGCGACAGCUGGAAGUUGACCCAGAGUGUCUCCGCUGGACGCCGGUCAUUGUCACAAACACCGUCGUCUCGGAAACGGAUGGAGAGGAGGAGGAUGAAGAGGAGGACGAUGAAGGACCAGACGAUGGCAUUCAUAAGGGGAUGAAACCAAGCCACAAGGUUCCAACAACACCCUGGCAGAUGCAGCAGAGAGUGGAGGAUGAAGAAACGAAGGGCUUCCUGGGGUUUCCCAUCAACCAAAGCACCCCAGCUUCCCCGUCCGUCCACGGCCCGCUGACUCUUCCAGACCCGGCGCACCCUCCUCUGCCGACGAACGGUGAGCGUCGGCCGCGGGGUCGUCCACCCAAAAACUGCCCCUGGGGCAAGAUAAAGAACAGCACGCGCGUCGGACGGCCACCCAAGAUCCGCCCCAUGGAAGACGAGGACGAUGAAGAUGAUGAGAUUCUGGGGGAGAGCCGGACGGCCGGCUCUUCAUGCAGCCCACCGUCCCUUUUCUCCAUGGAUAGACAAGGAGACUCCUCAGCUUUUCACUCUCUGGACUUGGCGAGGCACCCUUCCAUAACCCCCACGGCGCGAAGAGGGCGGCCGCCGAGAAAGAAGAGGGGCCCGAAGCCUAGGCUUCCAGACGGGACUGGGGAGGGGCUGACGCAGUCGGUCCUGUCCAGGUUAAACGAAGCGGCAUCCAUCGACAAGAGCUGCUUCAGUGAGAGCAGCGACGACGAGGAGGAGGAUGACGACGAAGAUGACGACGAGGAGAGGGGAUGCUCCCCGCCCAUCCUCACCAAGCCAGUAAUAGGGCUCAAAUGCAAGAAGCCCCUAAAGAGGCCUCGUUUUCGUCGGAGCAGUCACCCACAGAGCAGCGUGGUGACGGAGACCAUUUCUGAGACGACGGAGGUGUUGGAUGAGCCCUUUGUAGACUCAGACUCUGAGAGGCCUAUGCCCAGACUUGUAGAGGAAAUGUCCCUGGGCCACCCACUGCGUCGCUACCCCCCAGCGAGAUCUGCUCUGAGAUUGUCUGAGCCAACACCCAAGAGAGCUCGCCACUCCAACCUCUCUGAUUCAGAGGAAGAUGAACUAACACCUAUGCUGAAACCCAUAUCCGCUCUGGCAGCAAGGCCAUCAGAGUUACCAAUGGUCAACCCCGAGGUCCCUGUCAAGAAGAAGAAGGGCUGGCCAAAAGGAAAGAGCCGCAAGCCGCAGUGGGCGAAAUGCGAUCCUGGGAAACCCCCCGGUGGUGGGCCUAACCAAGAAGGCGGCCAGAUCCAAAGUGGAGAUUUGCACACCCCUAAAAUCAAAAUGAAGCCUGGCCGCAAGCCGCGGGGCUGGUACCAUCAACGGGAGGAGGCUGAGAAGCAGGAGAAGGAAAGACAGCGGCUGGACAAAGACUCCCAGCUGCUCCAGGGAGAGGAUCACACUACCGCAAGUUUGCGACUUGGCGAAACUGACAAACAAAAAGACUCGGACGACGACGACUAUUUCCCUAAACCUACCGAACAAAAAGUACCCAAAAGGCGAGGGAGGCCGCCAAAGAACCGCUCCAUCCACCAGCCACCGCAGCCCGCCCCCAAGCCUCCACCCACCUCCGAGCCGGACGAAGAGGAUGAAGAAGACGAGGACGAGGACACUGAAACCGCAUGGGUGGAAGACAAGCCCAGCCGUCCACCAUCCCGUCCCCUACUGUCCCCCUCGUCUUCCUCGUCAGCGUCAGGGCCACGGGCCCCACAUUCCCAACCCCACGACGCAGAGGUAGCUGACGGGGAGGACGAUGACGACAACGAAGACAGGGAAGAAGAGGAAAGUGGCAGCAUGGGCAGUGGAGGCAGCAGCGUCACCAGGCGAGCAGCCGUCACACCGGGUUCUGGCAGCAGGCGGAGCGAAGAGCACGACGCGGAUGACGAAGGUGACGGACAUUUAGAAGACAAGAGCAACAGCUGCAAGUCGAGAAAAAGACCAGAUUCUGAUGACGAAGAAGACGAGGAGGAUGAAGAGGACGAGGACGAGCCCACCUCUCGGCCAAACUCUCCUCCGGUCAAAGAAGAACCCCAAGGUGGCGAGGCUUUUUUAGACAUGGACAACAGCGUGGUGCCAAGCUAUGUCAGCAAGCAGGAGGAAGACGAGGAGGAGGAGGAGGAGGCUGAGAAGGAGGUGCAGGAAGUCAAGUCUCCACCUCCUUCCACCGACCCCGUGCAGGAGGAGAGGCGGCGCAGGGAGCAAGAGGAGUCGGCCGCAGCGGCUGCAGCCGUGGAGACGGUCACUGCCAUGGCCGUCCCUUCUGAGAACAUGCAGCUGGAGACGCUACACCCGGACGACAAAGACGUCACGCUGUUGAUGGAACCCCAACACACACACUCCCACCCACACCAGCACUCCGACUAUAAGGAGGAGUUGGGCCAACACCAUCCGCACCACCAGCAUCAGCACUCCAACGAGCUGGACCUGGAGACGAUGCAGGCUGUGCAGUCGCUGACGCAAGGAGAGGCCCAGGAGGAAGAGGCCGAGCCGCAGCCGCACCAUGGCGCUUACCAAGACUGCGAGGAGACGCUCGCUGCCUGCCGGACCCUGCAGAGUUACAGCCACGCAGGGGAGAACGAAGAGGAGGGUCUGCCUCUGGUGGAGGAGUGCGGAGCUUCACAACAUAGCAGCCCACUCCCAAACCCUCCAGUGCCUCCUUUGCCCAACCAGUCUGUCCGCUCGGUCAACAGCCCAGGGUUGUCCUCAGGCGUCGUGGAGACCACACCAGCUGGACAGAGGGGCGGUACGCCGGGCCCUGCCGGAUCCACAGGCAAUAGCAGCAGCACCGGCAGCGGCUACACCCAAAUCACUCCAGAACACCCGAGCUCACUAUCCGCCCCAUCCCAGCAGAACAUGGAGACUUCUCCGAUGAUGGACGUGCCGUCGGUGUCGGACCACUCGCAGCAGGUUGUGGACAGCGGCUUCAGCGACCUGGGCAGCAUCGAGAGCACGACAGAGAAUUACGACAACCCCAGCAGCUACGACUCCACUAUGGGCGGCGGAGGGGGCAACGGAACAGGAAAUGGGGGUAACGGAGGGGCGAUGUCAGGUGCUGUCGUGGCAGGACCCUCUGCAGCUUCGUCAUCAUCAUCAUCUUCUUCCUCCUCCUCCACCUCUGCCACUCCAUCGUCCUCGUCUUCGCAGUCCAACAGUUGCUCCUUUGUGCAAACUCCCAGCCUCACGCCCUCCACUGCCACUGGGGGGUCCCAGUUGGGAAUGGGCAGCUGUAGCCUCAUCCAGCAAACUGGACCAGGAGCUAGUAACGCCGUGCCGCAGCCUCCGCCACCCCCGCCUCCUUCCAACACCCCCAGCUGCGGUAUCAAGUCCCCUCAAAGCUGUGGGGUGAUCGAGAGGCCCCCCAGCACCAACCAGCAGCAGCAGCAACCUCAGUCGCAGAAAAAGGUUCCCCAGCAACCGCCUCAGCAGCCGCAGCAAACCCCCAAUCCUCAAUCCCAACCUUCAGCGCCGCCGCCACCACAGCAACAGGCAUUGUCCCAGUGCAGCAUGGGCAACGGUUUCGCCUCCACACCCAUGAUCAUGGAGAUCCCAGAAAGCGGAGGGGGCGGAGGAGGAGGCCGUGCCAUCUACGAGCGGAUGAGCCAGGACUUUGGCACAGGGAGCUACCCCCAGUCCACGGCCACGUUCAGCCUGGCGAAGCUCCAGCAGCUCACCAACACUAUCAUGGACCCACACGCCAUGCCCUACUCGCAUUCCGCCUCUGUCACGUCGUACGCCACCAGCGUCUCCCUGUCCAACCCAGGCCUGGCUCCCUCGCCCCACGCCCUUCCUCAGGGCCAGCCCACCAUGACCUCACCGGCCAACCUCAGCUCCGGUUCCAUGAACCUGGGCUCGCUGCAGCUGCAGUGCAACAUGCCGGCCACCAACAUCAGCCUGGGGCCUCCGCAGUCGCACCGGCUGCAGGGGCAGAUGGCCACGGUCAAAGGCCACAUCUCCAUCCGCUCCAAAGCCACGCAGCAGCUGGCGCCGGCCUCGCACCAGCAGCAGCUCUACGGCCGCAGCUCGGCCAUGCAGGGCACCACCCGGACGCUGACGGUACAGCGCGGCAUGAUGCCCAACCUCAUGCCCACGCCGGCGCCGUACAACUCCAUGAACAUGACGCCCCUGAACGCCAUGUCGGCCGGUUACAGAAUGCCGCAGAGUAUGAUGAACAGCGGUUACCACAGCAACCCCCCCUACAUGAACCAGCCAGCGCAGUACCCCAUGCAGAUGCAGAUGGGCAUGAUGGGAGGGCAGGGUUACCCCCAGCAGCCUAUGCAGCCCAAUCACCAUAGCAACAUGAUGUACACGGGCCCUUCCCACCACAGUUACGCCGGCGUCCCGAAACAGUCGCCGUACAUGAGCAGAUGAGCAGGGCGACGGAGAUGCGGGACCAGAGUUGACGCUCAUUGUGUUUUUAAAAUGCCCCUCGCUCCCCUCCGCCUGGUCCGGCGCCUCUGCUGGCAGCGUAGGGGGUGGGGCUGGGUUGAUCGGAGGCGGAAUGUGCUUGGAUUUCCUGUUCCUCUGCGCAGUCGUUUUUGUCCAGGUUUUUUAAUUUUUUGGGGCUUGGUUCUCCCUUCAGCUGGCUGUGUUCGGGGAUUCGGGACGCGUACCGCAGGGCUGAAUCAAGGGCCCCCGGACGUUCAAAGAGCCAAAAUGGGUACAGUGUCCCCCGGCCCCUGCAGCGGGAGGUCAAGAACGACCAAAAAUACAAAAGCAAAACAAAAAAAAAAAUAACCAUGAAUGACCCAGAGAGACAAUACAGGAAUUCCUUCCUCCAACAGACUUCGAAUGAGAUUUAAAAAAUGGUUAACUGAGUAUAUCCAACCAUGCACACAAUCUUUUAAUUGAUAUAGGAAGCCUUAUCUAAAAAAAAAGACCAUGAAAGCUUGUAGGUGGACUGUUUUGUUAAACAUAAUGUUAAAUAUUAUUUUUCUUGUCGUUUUUGUUUUUUUCCUGUUCGUUUUUUUGGAAUACUCGUGUGCAGUCCGACCUCUUAUAUGCUUUUGUCUUUAUAUGUGUGGCAUUCUGAAACGGUGACACACCCACCCGCUCGGCCUCCCUGAAAAGGUCGAGCGUCUCUCCGAGGCAGCUCGGGUCAGACGACGGUUCCUGCAAAACAAUU